CCCAACUCCACACGCCGCACCCAGUCAUCCGCCUCCGCCCAUCGCCUCCAUCUCCUCUCCCAUCGCCGGCCCAGACCCGCCAAGCCGCCAUCACCACCAGCCCGAACUCCUCCGAGUCUCCCCUUCUCUCCUCGCUUCCCUGUGGCCGCUGAAAACCUUCACAACUUUCAAGGAGCUUUCUCUUCCUAAUCCAUGGAGGUGACCGAAGAGAUGAUGAGCAAAUAACACAUGAAAAGUAUGUUAAAGACUAUCCAGAUGAAAAAAAUAAGUAACAUUUUAAUGUCUGAUCAGUAACAUUUUGUUCCCUAGCAUUUUAGGGAUUCAAAUUUAAAUUAGUUGAUAUUUUGUAUAUAGAGAAUGCCAUGUGUUUACUUUUCGCACAGGGCCCCUAAAAUCUCAGAACCGGCCCUGACUCGGUUAUGUCCCUUAUAAAUCCACGGGCUACCUCGCAUAUAUAAGUGUUUUAUUUGUUGCAAAGGAAUAGAGCCGGACAUCUCUUCGUUCGACUUCUACAGGUGGUAACUUUUUUUUUCCUUUUUCCUUUUUUUUUAACCUUGAGAAUUUUCACCAUGAAGUUAUGCGCACUAUGUUUAUAAGUACUCGUGCGUGUACUGAUGUCCAAUUCUAAACAUAACGAGAUUUUCUUCCUUAACGUUUAAUUAGUACGUGUAACAUGUUACAUUUUGUGUUUAUAAACAUUGUUACUCUAAUCCUGUAUCUAUUGGAUGACAUUAAAUGGAUUGGUAAAUACUUCACUAAUUUUAGAGAUUAUGGUGAGAACUUUUACCUGAAUAAAAGAAAAGCCCGUGUUGUUAAAGCUCAAAGGUUGAAGAAAAUUCAUGGCUAUUUGAGAGUGGGGAUUAAUUAAAAUUGGAAAAAAACCCUCCCUCAAAUUCCUCUCUUCGGAUAUGCAGGUAUAAACCAACUUUUAUUUCCGUAAUCAUUUUUUUGUUACUACUUGCUUGCUCUGUUAUUCUUUUCCGUCCUCCUAUGUGAAUGGCAAAAUCUUGGAUGCCAUAGAAUUCUAGCCAAAAAUAAUUUCAUAUCGUGAUAUCUACAAGGUUCUCCUCGACAUAGUUUCCAUGUGUUUUCUAGAUUUAUUUAUGUCACAUAAGAUUUACCUCUCAUCAUGUUGAUAAAUUGUCCAAUUACUCUGAAGAAGGGAUAGGAGUACCGCCACCGAGAAAGGAUCUUAAUUAAGAUAAUGAGCAACUUAAUCUUUUUUAACUAUAAACUAGACUUUACCUAACAACUCAUAUCGUGAGGAAUAUAACCGAGAUUUCAAUAGCCAACUAUUUCAAAUACUAUUUUGCUUCUCAGCUAGCAAAAAUGUAAAUGAACACGAAACAAUCAAGAGCUUAAUUAAUUUCCUUUUCUUCACGAUAUGACUAAUUAACAUUAUAUGAUUGUUUACUAUCAAUAUAGGCCUGCAGGCUCAGAACUUUUCUGAGGAAGAACUAGUAUGUUAUAUGUUCAACUUGUUCGCGGACAGUAAAUCUAUUGAUCAUGGAAGUCGACAGAUCUUGGUUAGACCUCCCGGUCGAGCUCCUCGAAGCAAUCUUGUCAAAGCUUCCGCUAUCGGAUCACCCUAGAUUCGCCUGCGUGUGCAAAGACUGGAAAAAACUUACUUCCCGCGUUUAUCCCGCAGACAGAAGUCCUAUACUAAACAGGUCUUUCAAAGUCGAUUUUCCCGCGGCUGACCUAUCGAAAGCUCGGUUAUAUUCCUCCAAAGACGGAUGGCUGGUGCUCUGUCGGGAAGAAGAGGUCUUACUGGUCAACCCCUUCACUGACACCGUUCGUAGGUUUCCCGGGCUCGUUCACACACCAAGCUUCACCGGAAUCGAGUUCAUCGGUCAACCCCCCGAUAAAUGCUGCAUAUUCGCCAUCGAGAGCGCGUACAAGGAUAGCGUGCUUAUCUACUUUUGGAACGGCGAGGGCUGGGGACGAUACAGGUACGAAAACAACAUCCCGUUUGUCAUGUCGCCUCAUUCCAACCCCGUGGACUGCGGUCGAUAUUUUUUAUGCUUGGGAAAGGAUGGAAAUAUCGGGGCGUUUGACAUGCUCAAAGGCGCGUGGAUUGUUGUGGAACUUAAGAACUUCCCGACGAUUACAGUCGGAGGGAGCUAUUUGGUCGGGGAUCGAGGUAACGUUCGAGCGAUUACCGUUGGCGGUCAGAACUCGACGGUAAGAGUUUUCGAGCUCAUACCCGCGGAGGGGUGGGCAGAGUUUACAGACUUGAAGGCUCGUGCUCUAUUUAUCGGGCCCCGUAUGGCUCUUGUAUCGGCUAAUUCGCCGAAGAAAUUGGAUGACAUUGUUUUCUUUUCGAGGCUGCUUGGGACUCCGGAGGAGAUUGAAGCGGAAAUAAGGUGCUCCGAGGGUCGAAUUUACUUCGUUCCGAAGAAGUCUACUACUACUACUACGGGACCGAAGAAGACGAGUGAGGGGGGUAUAUACACUUACAACCUGACGACGGGGGGUCGCUCUGAGUAUUGUGGAUCUUUCGAAUAUCCCUGUAUAUUAUUGGGGUUUUAGAUAGAAAAUUGUCAACUUCAUUCCCUUCCUCACUCAGCUAACGUACUCUCAUACAACAUUUGGUUUUCUUGUUUUUUU